AUGAAUAUUUUUGAGACCCGAAUAAAGGAUUUAGAAAAGUCAUGUGAUUUCAGCGGGAAUAUGAUCGAAAAUUUAACCAAAAAACAGAGUGAACUUGACUCAACGAUUAAAUCCACGUGCAAUUCGCAAAACCGUGAGGACUCAGCGAUCCUGCAAGAACAAAAACUUCAGACGGAAAUAACGGACCUCAAGUGCCGGAGUAUGCGCGAAAAUUUGUUAUUCCAGAUACCUGAGGAAAAAGACGAACAGUGCGACAAAAAAAUCCUGGAAUUCAUUGAAAAAAGGCUGCACGUGCAAAACGCCCAAUCUGAAAUUAAGUUGCACAGGGCACAUCGUAUAGGACGAUAUCAACCGAAUAAAGUGCGUCCUAUUGUUGCAAAAUUCGCAUACUACCCGGAUAAGGAGAGGGUCCGCAAGGAGUCGAAACAACUUAAAGGUACCCCAUUCGGAAUAUCCGAGCAGUAUCCACGGGAAGUAAUGGAUAUCCGACGAAGGCUCAUACCCUUCAUGAAAAACGCGAGGUCCGAGGGAAAGGAGGCAUAUCUCAAAAUUGACAAGCUUUAUAUAAACAAACAACUGUAUAAGGAAUAG